AUGUCCUCUUAUAAUAAUAAUAAUUAUUAUUAUUAUGGGGCAGCAGCUGGAUCUUCCUCUGUGUAUCCGAACAAUUCAUCGUUGUUUCAAUAUUCCAACAAUCAUAAUAACAAUGGUGGUGGUUUGAUGGUAUCGCAAACCUAUGAAGAUGGUGGUAUUUCGUAUCAUCAUCAUCACCGUCAUGAUCCUUAUCAUCCACAACACCAACAACAAAUAACAUACGCUCAUCAACAACCUUCGAUGAAUUCAUAUUCAUAUUCGACUCAUAAUCCUCAUCAUCACCAUUAUCAAAUACAACAACAAGUAGUGGCCGAUCAAUCCUCGUUCAUCUCCAUUGAUUACUACAAUGAAAAUGAUUUUUUGGAAAAGGAAGUCAAUAGCAACAAUAAUACUACUUCCAGAAAACAUUCUCAUCAAAGAAGGGACUCUUUUGAUUCCUCCACCACUCAUACCUCGGUCGCUUCCUCGGUGGCUUCUUCCACUCGAGCCAGCAGCGUAAGAGGAAUCUCGGUACCGAGAUCGUCUUUUGAGUACUCAACUUCCUUUCAUCCCAGCAACAACACAACAACGAUGAAUCCACAGCAACAACAACCAAACUCGAGCUAUUAUUAUCGACCACAAGCACAACAUCCCUCUUCAUCUAUCCAUAUACCCACACCUUCUCCUCCCAAUGUACCAUCAUCAUCCUCUCGAAUUGUGCCUUCUCUCAAUACUCAACUCAUAACACAUUAUCAAGCUUACGAGUCGUUAGAGACUGAUUCCUCAGUGGAUGUGUGUCCCGUGAAGGAUGAUCAUAUUUGGAUGAUUGAUAAUUUGGUUACAAUUGAAGAGGCUGAACAAUUAAUUGACAUUUAUCAGGAUAUUUCCCGAAGAAAGGCAGAGUUGCUUUUACAACAACAAUUACAGCUUCAAUUACAGAAACAGCAGCAACAACAACAACAACGAAACUCGCACUAUGGAAACAGAGUGGCCUCAUCGUCAGCAUCAUCGAAACUGCCACGAAAAGGGCCCUCAUCGAACGAUAUUCUUGCUAAUACCACCGUUCCUGCAUCGCCGGCAUCAUCGAUCAUGUCAAAUACCAACACAGUGCCAACCUUUCACAACUACAUGAUGAAUAACAAUGAAAAUGGCAUUAAUUUUGAAAACAGAGUUCAACAUAUCGAGUACACAAACGAGGAAUUUGCAAACUUUAUAUUUGAACAAUUGAAAGAUGUUCUUCCGCCAAAUCAGUCAAAAGUUUUUGGAGAAAAGAUCGGAAGAACAUUUGAAUUGAGUUGUAUUAAUGAAACAUUUAGUAUUUAUGAAUUACGACCAGGUGAAAAGAUUGAUAAAUCGAAAGGAGAAGACAAGUGUAGAAUUAUUGAAGUUGAGAGUGAAGUCAGCUCAACAUCAACUGCCGCAAAUAUGGAAUCUUCUUCAGCUCGAGCUAUUGGUCACAACAUGCACAAUAGUUAUGUGACAAAUUCGAGAUAUUCCUCAAAUAAUGCUGUACAGUAUACGAGUAUGGGGCCAAACAAAGGACGAGAUAAUACGAGUCUUCAACGUUCCAUUCCAACCAUUACAGAGCGAUAUCACGAAAAGAGUUUCCUCACUUGUGUCAUUUGCUUGAAAGGUGUUGUUAACACGGCACAAAACGAGUCCAAUCAACGCUUGUUUGGUAUUAAUCUGUAUGACAUGUCGAAGGAGAGACCUGAGCACUUUGUCGUUUUGGACCACGUGGGCAAGAGUUGCCUCUUCAGCGAUAAUGCUCAACUUUUUGAAGUGAUUGAAAAUUUUGGAACGGAAAAUAUUUAUCUUUUAGUGGUCAAUGUCAUGUAUAGAUCGAAGAUUUCGUCGAAUCAACCUCUUAGUUCAAAAUCUAGCGAUGCUACUUGCACGCUCGAGCAGGAUUCUCAAAAUGGCGUGCUAAAUGUCACAGAAGAAAAUCAACAGACACAACAAUUCUCAGGUUAUACCAAUGAUCCAUAUGGAGACGAACAUUAUUUAGAAUUGGAAUCUCAAAAGAAAAAGAAGAAAUCGAACGUGAGCAAAUACGUAUUGUUGGCCUUUGGAACGGGUAUGGUUGUCCUCACGAGCUUAUUUAUUCAGGGUGGACGAGUGAACAAACCCAUUGUUGCCAAACUUCUUUCCAUCAUUUCAAAACAUUUGAAUAUUUAA